GACGUCAGCAUCUUCCCCGAGGUUCCAGCGAUGGAGGUGGCGUACGAAGCCUUCAAGCGACGCCUCGACGAAAACGGUACCCAGCUAUCAGAGGAGUUGACGGAAGAGAAAGUGUUUUUCAUUACCGCGUGCCUCUCGACUUGUGCCACAACGCCUGCUGACAACCUUUUUGGCGGCGACUGCAACAAGGCCGUCAUGAAUUUUGCACCGUUUGCCGAGGCCUUCAGUUGUCCAGUGGGUUCCAAGAUGAACCCGGAAACGAAGUGCUCAUUUUACGACUGAUUUCGUGACAUUUUUGU